AUACGCAAAGCGUGAAGUAGAUCGGUCCAUGGGUUGCCGAGAUAAUAUAAUUCAGAUACACACACGUCUGUCCAUUAUAGUUGUAUAAUGGUGAUUUAAGUUUGUUUUUCUUUAUCCAGCGGAGGGCAGUAACACAUCUAGAAACGUCUUAACUGUUAAAAUCCCGGAAGAAGAAUAAAAAGGAAAGGAAGAAGAAGAACGAAACCCCCGCCUUUCCUGUUGUCUAUUGACCAAUCAGAAGUCCACAUCCUGAAUCAGUCCAAUGUACCUGUAGUGUGGCUAAGAAAGCAGCUGGUUAGCUACUAACAGAAAGCUAAAAACAAAACACCUUAUAUAUAUAUUACCUUGCAAAGUUUCCUACCCUGAACAUCACACGGGUAGCAAUCUAGCACCACAGCCGCAAACUCUACCAUGGUCGGUGUUAAAGUGAUCGGGAGCGACCCGGACUUCCAGCCAGAGCUAGCGGCCGCCGGCUCCAGGCUCGCCGUAGUGAAGUUUACAAUGGCUGGGUGUCGGCCCUGUGUAAGAAUAGCUCCAGCUUUCAACAUGUUGAGUAACAAGUACCCACAAGUCGUCUUCCUUGAAGUAGAUGUUCAUGUCUGUCAGGCAACAGCGGCAGCCAACAACAUCUCAGCCACACCAACGUUCUUGUUCUUUAGGAACCGGGUUCGGGUGGAUCAGUAUCAGGGGGCAGACUCUGCCGGUCUGGAGGACAAGAUCAAACAGCACACAGAGAACGACCCGGGAAACAGCGAGGACUCUGACAUUCCAAAGGGAUACAUGGACCUCAUGCCCUUUGUCAACAAAACCGGCUGCGAGUGCCUCAACGAGAGCGAAGACUGUGGCUUUGAUAACUGCUUAAUCAAAGACUCCUCCUACAUGGAGUCUGACUGUGAUGAACAGUUGCUGAUAACUAUCGCCUUCAACCAGCCUGUGAAGCUCUUCUCUAUGAAGCUACUGUCCUCAGACUUUGCCCAAGCCCCUAAGGUGGUGAAGGUGUUCAUCAAUCUCCCCAGGUCGAUGAGUUUUGACGACGCAGAGCGGAGUGAAGCCACUCAGGCUCUGGAGCUGUCAGAGGAAGACUACAAAGAUGACGGCUUGAUUCCUCUGCGCUACGUCAAGUUUCAGAAUGUACAGAGUGUGACGUUGUUCGUCAAAUCAAACCAAGGAGACGAAGAGACGACAAAAAUCAACUACCUUACAUUCAUAGGCACUCCAGUACAGGCCACCAACAUGAGCGACUUCAAGAGGGUUGUGGGAAAGAAAGGAGAGAGCCACUGAGCAGGAGAACCAUGGGGAGGAUGGGAAGAAGAGGAAGAGGAGGCUGCAGAUACAUCCAAGAACUUUCCCUCUGCCAAAGCUGCCAAAGCUGCCACACGCAUAACACACACACACAACACACACACACACACACACACACACACACACACACAGCCUCCAGCUCACCUCCUCAAGCUCUGAAUAAAUUCUCCGUCUGUGGAGACUUGUUCUAAUAAUCAUUUGUAUUGUAAUUCUGAUGAAAGUCACUGUAAAUAAAACACAAUCCUUUUUCAAAGGCA